CGACGGUUAAUAAGAGUCGCAUAAAACAACUGUGAAAUCUUCACGUGUCUUCUCUUAUGUUUCAUCACAUGUUCUCUCCUUUCUUCGCCUCUGUCACAAAAUCUAAUCCUUUCUCUUUUUCGCAUUCCUAGGCCCUUUUCGUAAUUCAUCUUCCAUAAGAAACCCUUUAAAGUUGUAUUCAUACAUAUCCAUCUACAUAACUUUAGCAUGGACAAGAAGAAGAUUAUUGCUGCUUCAUCUUCUUCCUCAUCUUCUUCUUCGUCGUUUGAUCAUAUAUUUGGUCCCAGAGUCUCUUCUCCGCCUUCUUCAUCAACCACUGGAUUGUUCAAUUCCAUCUUCCCACGACCCUCUGAGAAGGGGACGUUGGGGAGGCAAAUGGACUUUGCAAGUCAAGGUGGACAUGUGAAGUAUCAAUCUCCAAAUGAACGAGGAGAAAGAAGCAACAAUAAAGAGAAAAAGAGUUACCGUAAUGAGGAAACAGAACCACCAUGCAACUUGAGCUCAUCCAUUUACUAUGGAGGCCAAGAGAACUAUUCAUCUACAACGACUACCACCAAAGAGACUUACAAGAAAGAUGGAGAUGAAGGCGAUUCCAAAAGCGCAUCAAGAGGAAACUGGUGGGAAGGGUCGCUUUAUUACUAACAUGCACUGCAUGUCAUGCAAUCCUAAUUUCGAGCAACCGCUAAGUCUUUGUUACAUUUUGUAGGGAAGUAAGAGACAUCAUGGUCUAAUCUUAAUAUAAAAUUUGAACUAUGUUAUAAAAAAGUAAUGAGUAUAUAAAAGUUAUAUAAAGGUUGUCACAAAAUUAAGGAAUGUGGUAUUAUCGCAUAACAGAAGAGUGACUUGUUCUUGACGUGUUUAUUUGUUUUGGUUUACGAGGACCGCAACACUAAAACAAGCCUAUUCCUGAUGAUAUUUAUAUAUAAAUGUUUGAUCUAAUA